GCAGCCCAGAGCAGAAGCCGCCAAGGACGGGGGCCGACCGCUCCGUAUAUAAGGGACCACUGGCCACCGCCGGGGCAUCACUCGACUUCCGAGGUUCCUCUGCUCUCUGGCCGCAGCUCGUCUCCAACCACCUCCGCCGACACCAUGAAGGCUUUCGUGUGCGCCGUCCUGAUGGCCCUGCUGGUGGCCGUGGCCUUCGCCGCUGAGGAGAAGGACCUGAAGGGCUCCGAGGCAGUGUAUGUGGCGUCGCCCUACGCGGCUACGUACGGCUACUACGGCUACCCCUACGCCGCCGCCGCCUACCGUGCCGCCCCCGUCGUCAGCGCCUACUCCGGCUACCCCUACGCCGCCUACCCUUACUACUACCGCUGAGGUCUCCGCGAGACUCCGCAGCUGACCACUCAACACAUGACGGAUCAACGCCACACCCAAACACACUUGCCUUAUAGCACACUUUUUUAAAAAUACAACUGUUUCACAAAACAA